CUGCCAUGAAGUCGCUACGGAUGAGUAAGGAUGGCAGACACCAGCAGCAGCAGCAGGAUAGGAAGGUGUCCGGCUCGGAGGACGACGAGGAGAACACCAUUUGCAGUGGAGCGGCCAUCAAGCGUAGUGUGGUCUACUAUUUGAAGAACACCACACUCCACGGACUGAAGUACAUAGCGGAGGAGAGCAUCACAAUCCCGGAACGCGUUUUCUUCGGCAUUGCCUUUCUUGUGGUGGUGAUCCUGUCCGGUUUCUUCAUCUCCAACGUGUACUCCAAGUGGAGCGCCUCGCCCAUCAUCAUCUCGACGAGCGCCAAGCAGAAGCUGACCAGCAACAUGCCCUUCCCGGCCAUCACCAUCUGCAAUCUGAACCAGGCGCUCUACAGCAAAGUGGACAGCAUAUCCAGGACCAGCACCAACUUCUCCCUGCUGAUGGGAUUGUGUGAUCAGGGUGCCGACACCAGUAUCUCCUACAUCGGCACCUGGAAGUACUUCAAAGCGAUCCUCGUGGAGGUGGCUCAGCCCUGCGAGAAAAUGCUUCUAUAUUGUAGCUUUGGCUCCCGGCAGGAGGACUGUGCGCUGCUGUUUAACUCGAUCCUGACGGACGAUGGCCUGUGCUGUAAUUUUAAUGCCCUGGAUCCGUCCUAUCUCAUCCGGAACUAUAGCGACGAUGUCCGGUGGGAGCCGGCACAGCCGAAUAUGCGUUACGAGCCCAUCGAUUGGACGCCGGAGAAGGGCUAUGCCCGCAAACUGCCCGAGUUCUAUUAUCCACGUACGUCCGGUGGUACCGGCAUACGAAUGGGUCUCACUGUCGUUCUAAAUGCCUCUAUAGCGGAGUACUACUGUACCAAGUCCAUGAGCGUGGGUUUCAAGGUGGGUUUUCAGGUUUAAAGUUCAUGUUUUCUAAGAUUUUUAAUUGAGAUACGUCCAUUCGGCUCCAUAAAGCAGACGAAUUCCGUUUAUAUUGCUGCGAAACAUAGCGCAUAGUUCGACGCCCUCAUUUACAGGAACAUUGGUAUCCGGAUCGGCGCAUGGCUUUGCGGUGGUAAGGUACUGCUCAAACUUAAAGCCCCAGGAGCACAUGGCAAGAUGCCUGUUCGACAUGGCUGCCUGUUCCGCCAGCUGCUCCUCGGUUUCCUCUUUGUUCAAAUAGAUCGUGCCGUUCGCACGGGUCACCAUAAUACGAAGAUCUUGCCUCCGUUCGUAUUGUAGGCACAUGAUUAGCCUGAGGACCCCACGAAGUGCUACGAAAUCCGUAUUCAGUUGGAUAGUGUCUCCCUUCAUCACCAAAAAUUCCUUUUGAUGGCUUUUAAUGUAUUUAAGGAGAUACUCCAGGUCACUCAUUGUUGCUGGUUUUUUUCGUAUGACAUUUUCAAUCCCCUGAUUCAGAUCGAUGGGUAAUUUCGGAAAGGGAUCGCACAAAUAGGCGACAUUCCGGGCAUCUUCUUGGUACUCCCGGUCGGUGAUGCUGAAAAGGCCGAUGCAUUCAGGUGGGGACAUUUUGGGAAAGGGAUGUUGAAAAUGCCUUCCGUGCUUGUGUUGCCACCACGGAAUUCGGAUAACUCCGUUGUCGCAUACUUUUCGUGCAUCCAUGUCGUGCUUUCUUUUCUUUUUUUUUUUUGGUUUUAAGUUACUGCGACUCCUAAUGGAGUCGAGGGAUUAUUUGGCCGCCCUUCGGAACUUUUGUAGCAAAGAAA